ACAAGUCCCAAGGCCCCCAGUGCCAGGGGCGGGAGGCCCAGGGGAGCUGGUGGGGCAGCCCCCAUCUGAGGACGGGCGACUCAGGCCCCAGGAAGGGCUGGUGCUUCCGUUCCAGCCCUUGUCCUGAGAGAAAAUACUUAAAGGAAGUUGGAAUUAAGGAGGGAGGAAGAGACGACAGGCAUCUGCCACGAUGGUGAAGCCAUGGGUUAUCUGUAGGAAGCGGGAACUCACACAAAAGGGAGAUCCGUGAAAAAUCAUUCCCCUGGCACAAAUUUCCUGGAGCAUCUGUUGCUUCUCCCUAAGCCUCUGAGAUCUAGUUGUCCUCGUACAGGAUCAAAAUAAUAACAACACCGGUGUUCUUGUUUUUCCCGUUCACACUACCAAAACCGCAGACAAAAUGCAAACGGCACGUCUUCUGACUGAGGAGGGCCUGGCCUGUGUGUUCCCAUUCACUUCCUGUUCCCCCCACAGCCCACAGCUGCUCUUUCAGGGCAGUUCUGGAGCUGAGCUUUCUCAUCCCAGUUUGCUGAAAAAUAUAAGCCAUGUCCUUUCUCUGUUCCUACGCGGUGGACACUUUCCUCUACCUCCUCCACUCAGGGUCCGCAGAAGCCUACGAUGUGUCGGCCGCAAAAGGAAAAACAAAGAAUUCACAAGAGCACACGGCCCCAGGAGACAGAAAACAUCGCCAUUCCUCUUGCCCAACAGCUGACAGAGUGCCAGAGGAAGAGGAACUCGAACGUAUUCUCGAGGACAAUCCUGCAGGAGCGCUGUGUCAGGAUCCUAGACGAGACGUUUUAGGAGGCCUGGCGGAGGACCCACGGAGCCCGCGGACCCUGAGGCUGCUCCUGGUGGGCAAAACGGGCAGCGGGAAAAGCGCCACCGGAAACAGCAUCCUGGGCCGGAGAGAGUUCGAGUCUAAACUCAGCGCUCAACCGGUGACCCUGACCCUCCAGCGGGGCAGCCGCGCCUGGGCCGGGCGGGAGCUCGAGGUGAUCGACACCCCCGACAUCCUGUCCCCGCGGGCCGGGCCGGAGGCGGCGGCAAGGGCCAUCUGCGAGGCGGUGGCCUUCUCGGCGCCCGGGCCGCACGCCGUGCUCCUGGUGACGCAGCUGGGCCGCUUCACCGACGAGGACCGGCAGGCCGUGCGGCGCCUGCAGGAGGCCUUCGGGGUGGCCGUCCUGGCGCACACGGUGCUGGUGUUCACGCGCAAGGAGGACCUGGAGGGCGGCUCGCUGGAGGAGUACGUGCGGGCCAGCGACAACCAGCACCUGGCCCGGCUGGACGCGCUGUGCGCGCGGCGCCACUGCGCCUUCGACAACGCGGCGGCCGGCGGCCGGCAGGAGGCGCAGCUGCGGGAGCUGCUGCAGAUGGUGGACGGCGUCCUGUGGGAGAACGAGGGCCGCCCCUACAGCUACCCGGCCUGCCGGGACUCCCAGCAGCGCGGCCUGCUGCGGGCCGCGCGGGAGACGCCGAGCAGCCGCGGGCAGGGCUCCGACGGGGCGCCCCUCCGGGAGCCCCUGCUGGAGGGACUGUGCCGGUUCCAGAAGGAAUUCGAGAAGGCGCACAGACAUCUGCUGAAGAGCGCGCCCAUCUGAGCUUCCGCUGGACCGCGGCCCCUGGAGCCCGCUGCCAGCCCGUCCCCUGCUCUCUCCAUCCCCGGGGCUCACUGGCCAUCCCAGGCUCCUGGGGGGUGUCCGGUGCGCCGAGAGGCGGGUGCGUUCCCCAGUUCCCCGCUCGCACCCCGGGGCCCUCAUCAGCCCUUCCAGGGAGCCCGCAAAGGAAGCAGUUGGAUGACUUAAACGCGGCCGGGAGUAGCCUGCCUGCUG